AUGGCGCAACAACCGUCUCCUUCCGCAAAGGCGGCGACUGGGGCCACCGUCCUCUCCGCAGCCCAAAACGCCAGCUGCGAGUUUUUGCCCUACGUAACCAUCCAAUUCGGCCACAACGACCAAAAAGCCGAGAAGAACAUCAGCAUGGCGCAAUUCACCUCCAACCUGGUAACUUUCGUCGACGAAGUGCGCGCCGUCAACGCCAUCCCCAUUCUAGUGACGAGUAUCAGCCGCCGUCGAUUUUCGAAUUCGACCGGCAAGAUUAAUGAGAAUUUGAAGGAUGUCGUUGCUGCGACAAAGAAGGCGGCGGAGGAGAGUGGCGCGAGUGUUAUUGAUUUGAAUGAGGCGAGUACGGCGUACUUGAAUGCGAUUGGCGAGGAGAAGAGCGCAACGUUCAAUCUGAAUCCGACGGACUUCACGCAUCUAAAUAGCGAGGGAAGUGUGGUGUUUGGAAACAUGGUUGCGUCAUUACUGAGAGAGGCGGUGCCGGAGUUGGAAGAGUGGGUUGUGCCUGUUGAGGAGGUCGAGGAGGCGUUGGAGGAGGGAGAGUAUUACUUUCCAGACAACUGCACGGGAGCGUUCUGUUAA